AUGGGGCCCCCGAGGUCCACCGUGGCGCUGCUGCACCCAGCAGCAGCAGCAGGAGGAGGAGGCGAGAGGGUCCUCUGGGCUCUUGUUGCGCAUCUCCUGAAACAGCAGCAGCAGCAGCAACAGCAACACCAGCAGCAGCAACACCAGCAGCAGCAACAGCAGCAGCAGCAGCGACAGCAGGUGGGAGCAUCUCCACAAUCAGCAGCUGGUGAAUGCAGCAGCGGCGUGCCGAGGCUCCGCGCUAGCUGCAGGAGCAGCAGCACGACACAGCAGCAGCAGCAGGAGCAACAGAAAGAGGAGCAGCAGCAGCAGCAGCAGCAGCAUAAGGCUAGCAGCAGAAAUGCAUGCGCAGCUUCUUGUGUGUGCGAUACCCCCGCUGCAGUUGUGGUGUAUGUACAGAGCAGCUGUCCCUGGCUAAGGGGGGCCCCUGUCUCUUGUUUGCCUGCUGGAGGCCAGCCGCUGCUGCUGCAGCUGCUGCUGCAGCUGCUGCAGCAGCUGCAGCAGCUGCUGCUGCCGAGAGAGGAGAGGGCAAGAGAGCAGCGCUCCUGCCGCUUCUCCACGUUGCUGCUGCAGCGCCGCUGCUACCCUGUCUACCGCGGCAGCAGCUGCAGCAAAUCGGUUGCUGCUGCAUUUGGAAUAGAGUUAGAUGAGCUGCUGCCAGCAGCAGCAGCAGAAAACAGCAGCAGCAGCAGCAGCAGCAGCAGCCCGUUGGUCUUGAUCCCGCUGCGGCUUGGCUGGCUUGCGGACCCUCGCUGCUACUCUUGCUGCUCCUUGCUGCUGCAGCUUCUGGGUUGUGCUGCUGUUGCUGCUGAAGCUGUCUUCCGUCUGCUUCCCUCGAGACUCACUGAUACUGCAGGGCUCCCCGGUGCACAGCUGCUGCUGCUGCUGCUGCUGCAGCCGCUGCAGCGGUUGCAGCGCCUUCUCUGGAGGCUCCUCUUCGCCCCCACACCCACUCAUACCCAGGUGCAGCAGCAGCUGCAGCAGCAGCAGCAGCAGCAGCACGAUGGGCUCACAGGUGUCUCCGCUUACAUCCACUAUCCCUUCAUUCAGAGGCCCCCUGCGCCUCCAGUAGCAGCAGCAGCAGCAGCAGCAGCAGCAGACACAGGAAGUUGGGAGCUGCUACGUGCUGGUGAGGAAACGCAGCAGCAGCAGCAGCAGCAGCUGCAACAGCUGCAGCAGCAGCAGCAGAACUGCUAUUCUGGGGUGUACGGACGGCUGUUGUAUGUCUACCGUUUCUCCUUGUGGCGCAUCUACAGUUUUCUGCUGCGCUCGUUGCUGCAGCAGCAGCAGCAGGCUGCCCCUCUCAACUGCUGCUGCUGCAACAGCAAAUGGACUCAGCGGAAGAUUGCAGAUAUUGCUGCAGCAGAUUGCAGCAGCAGCAGCAGCAGCAGUUGCUGCCCCGCUGCGCUGUUGGCUCCUGUUUGCUACCCUCCCUGUCUCUCCGCUGAGCAGCAGCAGCAGCAGCAGCAUCAGCAGCAGCAGCGGCAACAGCAGCAGCAGCAGCAAGACGAUAUUCAUGAUGACUGGACUCUGGUACCGGACGUCUCGCAGCAGCAGCAGCAGCAGCAAGAUCAGCAGCAGCAGCAGCGGCAGCAGCAGCAGCAGCAGCGGAAGAACCGGAUAGUGUCUUUGGGUCAAUUUCGUUUAGAGAAGCGGCAGCAGCAGCAAAUUGAAAUACUGAGCUGUAUGUACACCUCGUUCCCUUUGCUGCUCCCACCCCACACUCAUUUACUUAUCUGCGGCUCCAUUAGAAAUGCAAGAGACUGGCUUUUGCUGCAGCAGUUGAGGGCCUUCGCACAAGGCAGCAGCAGCAGCAGCAGCAGCAGCAGCUGCAGCAACUGCAGCAGCAGCGAAGAUGAAGCAGCCGCAGCAGCAGCAGCGCUCAGGGGAGAUGCAGUGUUGCUGCCCGCUGGCCGCAGCGCAUCUUCACUCAAUCUGUCUACCCUUGCUGCAGCAGCAGCAGCAGCAGCAGGCACAGGACCAGCAGCAACAGCAGCAGCGACAGCAGCAGCAGCAGCAGCAGUUGAGAAGUACAUUGAAGAAGUAAUGGAUGGAGUUAAUUCUGCUGAUGCCUUUUGUUUUUUUCUGAUUAACAGCAGCAGCUCGCUGCUGCAGCAUUUGCUGCACUCAGCAAAAGUGGGCCUUCAUACAAUGCAGGAAGAGCACUUUGGCAUUGCUGUGGUGCAGCAAUUAGCUGCAGGUUGCUGCUGCGUAGCCCACUGCAGCGGGGGCCCCGAAAGCGACAUCCUCGUGGCCCGCCCUGCUGCUGCUGCUGCUGCUGCUGCUGCUGUGGGUGCUGCUGCGGGUGCUCCAGGUACAGCGGCAGCGCACGAACAGCAGCAGCAGCAGCAGCAAACGCUGCAGCAGCAACUCAACGAAGCAAAAACUCUCGCGCUGCAGUGCUGCGGAGAGUUUGGCUUCUUGUGUACAGACAACCGCUCCUUUGCUGCUUGCUGCAGCAUCGCGCUGCUGCAGCCACCUGCAGCAGCAGCAGCUGCAGCAGCAACAGCAGCAGAAGAGAUCGUAAUGCCCAUGCUUAAGAGGGCCGCUCAGUCGCUGCUGCGGUUUGCAACGGAUGAAACAGCAGCAGCAGCAACAGCGCAGGUACUGCAGCUGAGGCCCCACAUUCGCAGCUGUUUAUCUCAAGAGCAGCAGCAGCAGCAGCAGCAGCAGCAGUAG